UUGCCUCCUCAGAUGCUGAAUUGACCCCCGAUAACUCACGCCGAACAUCCCCUCCCCCACACGCAGAACAGACAGGCUAGUCGACCGCAAUCAUGCUCUUCUUCAGUUUCUUCAAAACCCUCACCAACCAGACCGUUACCAUCGAGCUGAAAAACGACAUCCGCAUCCGCGGCACCCUCAAAUCCGUCGACCAAUACCUGAACAUCAAGCUCGACAAUGUCGAUGUCCUCGACCUGGACAAGUACCCGCACCUGUCGUCGGUCAAGAACAUGUUCAUUCGGGGUAGUGUGGUGCGCUACGUGAUGUUGCCGCGGUCGGAGGUGGAUAUUGGACUGUUGGAGGAUGCGACGAGGAGGGAAGCUGCGAACCAGGCCGGGAAGGCUAAAUAAGCACGAAGGAUGAGAGAACGGACUUGAGCGACAGUGGGAGGAUUCGAAGCGGAAUUAGGAGGAUCUGGAUGAAUAUCGGACCUCGAGAGGACAUAUCCUCCGGGCUUUAUGCUUUGGCCCCUUUCCCCAAAGGGCGCAUCAUGUUAUGGCACGGUCUACACUUCUUUUUUUACUUUUCUCUUCUUAUAAUUCUAUCAUGAUGUCAUGCUGCAUUGUUUC